UUAUUGAGUGGCACGGUUGUUGUAGGUUGUGUGUCGGCCUGAUCUGUCUGGAUUCGUGAUUUCCCCCUCGAUUGUUUAUAUUUACAACGCCGUCAAACAUGCUAAAGUUGAAUGGACUGUUCGAUAGUGCCGUGUAGUGAAAACGUAGUCAACCCUCAAAUCCGGAGGUUAAGAAUUACAAGUCCGAGAAGGUUUUUUCUUGGACGAUGUUCGUCUUACCAGUGUCUAGUUCAGAUGAAUCGAAAAGAUCGUUCUCAUGAUGGAAUGCAGGGAAUGCCAGUGCUGGUGGUAAUGGGAACCAGAAUGUCGGGGGCCUAGACCCAGAAUGGCCUCAGUGGUGUCUUCAGAAGCGCCCCAGGAGCUUACAGAUCGCCAAAGGCACGAAUCAGAUCUCUAUAUCAGGCCUGGAUGGGUAGAUGCAAAUGUUGCUCUCCAUCAGCUGGACCAGGGCAGAGCACGCGGGGACAGAGGCGUCCUAUGGUUGAGAGGCAGGACGCAACGGCAGCUGCACUCUUUGGGGACCAUUUUGGACAACCACGCAGGAAAGUUCCUGUUCGUCAGCCUGCUAGCAAUCGCCACCUUCUCCGUAGGCCUGAAAAGUAUGAUGUUCCAUACCGACAUAGAGCUCCUGUGGGCAGAGCCCUACACCACCCAGGAGAUGCUCUCCUCCCACCAGAUGAUUAUACAGACGUCGGAUGAUCCCGAUGUCAAUCUGCUCCAAGAGCAUAGCCUCCUGGAGCAUCUAGAUCUAGUCCAGAAGGCAACGCAGGUUACGGUUACGAUGUACGAGAUUACUUGGAGAUUGAAGGACUUUUGUCAGUCGCCAAGUAUACCGAAUAUGGACGCCCAGUAUAUCGAGCAGAUCUUCGAGAACAUGAUGCCAUGUUCGAUCAUCACACCUCUUGAUUGCUUCUGGGAGGGCUCGAAAUUGCUUGGACCUGAUUAUCCUGUGACCAUACCUUACGGAAUUGGAGACAAAGUGACGUGGAAAAACCUGAAUCCAGACCAGUUGGUGUACAAAAUGAAAGAGAAGCAACCCCAUUUCGACUAUCACUCUUUGGAAGACUAUUUCAAAAGGGCUGGUAUAACGUCCGGCUACCAAGAGAAACCCUGUCUGGACCCACUUGAUGAUGACUGUCCAAACACAGCUCCAAAUAUGAAUUCCACCAAUCAUCUGGACAUGGGUGCUAUCCUCACAAAUGGUUGUUACGGGUUCGCUACCAAUUACAUGCAUUGGCCUGCAGAACUAAUAGUUGGUGGUAUUUCAAAAAAUAAAUCUGGUCAUAUUAGGGAAGCCAAAGCAUUGCAGACCGUUGUCCAACUGAUGGGCGAGCAUGAAGUUUAUGAAUACUGGUCGGGCCAUUACAAGGUUCAUCAUAUAGGUUGGACUCAAGAAAAAGCGUCUAUUGUGUUGAAUGCCUGGCAGAAGAAAUUUGCAGAGGAGGUGGAACGUAUCCAAAGAAGCAAGAGUCCUUCAUCGUCCUACGCCUACACUUCCUUCUCCACUGCUAAUCUAAACAAGAUCCUGAAGGAACACUCCAAGACUGAUUUAAUAAAAAUCGGCAUUGUCCUUGCUGUUGGUGUUGUAUAUGGCUGGAUGGUACAUUCAGGCUUAGCUGCUAUAGGAGUAGUGAUGCUGGCUGCAUCUUCAGCAGCAGCUUUGGGAGUUUGCAGCUUGAUUGGUUUGCCAAUGAACCUCCUCAGUACACAUGUUUUACCCUUCAUAACUGUUGGCCUUUCUAUCAGAGAGAUGUUUUUAAUCUUGUCUACACAUACAAGAAACUUAUCGCCAGCUGAAAUCUUGCAGAGGACUGGUCCAACGAUUAUAAGUGGUGUAGCUAUCAACUCGGCAGCUUUCCUCUCUGCUGCUAUAUUGCCAAUUCCAGCUUUGCGUGUGUUUUCUCUACAAUGUGCUGUGAUGAUUGUUUUCCAAGGUGCAUCCUUGCUGGUGAUAUUUCCCACUCUUAUAUCCUUGGAGCAACGUUGUAGAAAAGCUGCAGUUCCAUGUUUCCAAACUGAAGUCAAGAUACCUCCACAAAACAAUAAUAAUAAUGAUCCUGAGCAUGGUGCUAAUCUUCUGACUGCUGAAAUGGUAUGCCAACAGAAGAAGAGCCUUCUAUGUUGGUUGGUAAAUCGGUUCUUGACUUCAGUCCUACUACAGCCUUUUAUAAAGACUGUUCUGUGUUUGACAUAUGCUGGACUUGUGAUAUUUUGCAUAUUCAAUGGACUUAAACUGGAAUUGGAUGUUCGAUUAUCUACAUUCCUGCCCAAAAAUACUCAAGAGUACAAAUAUUUAGAAGCACAAAAUAAGUUUUUUGGAUUUUAUAAUUUUUAUUUAGUCACGACAGAAUUGGAAUAUCCCCUGAGUCAACCUCUACUGUACGAGUACCAUAACUCUUUAACCCAAGUGCCUCAUGUUCUCAAAGACUCCAACGGUGGUUUGAACAUGAAUGAUUUUUGGCUUGCAAAUUUCAGAGACUACCUGACCGAUCUCCAAGAAGAGUUUGAUGUGAACAAAAUGAACUAUAGCUUAAACAAUGAAAAGUGGUUUCAAAAUGCCACAGAGAAAGCAGUAUUAGCCUUUAAGUUAUUAGCUCAGACUGGAGUAGUCGAAUUUCCAGUUGAUAAAAGUCAAAUAUUCAAGAAAAGACUGGUUAAAAAUGGUAUUAUAGAUUCUAAAGCAUUUUAUAACUAUUUAUCAGUGUGGAAUAGCAAUGACCAGAUGUCAUACACUAGUUCGCAGGCAAAUUUUUCGCCUAAACCCUUCCAGUACUACAGCUCCAAAGCAGAAUAUGAUCUUAGAAUUCCUAAAUCUCAGCCCUUAGUUUACACUCAGAUGCCGUUCUACCUCAAAAAUUUGAAGACGUCCAGAAGCAUUGUAAAUACCCUGAAGCAGAUAAAACAGAUUUGUGAAGACUUCAAUCGGAGAGGUCUGAAUAACUAUCCUGUUGGACUCAUAUUUGCGUACUUCAACCAGUUCCUAAUGUUGGAUCAGAUUCUGGCAAGUCAGUUGGGUUUAACCCUAAUGGGAGCAGCAUUCGUAGCUUGUCUUCUAGUACAAUGGACCAAAUUGUGGUGCCCUGCCAUGAGUACAAUCUCUUGUAUGUUGUUAUUGACUUUUGUGAAUAUAAACGCUUUAACAGGAACCAUAGGUGGAUUGCACUUUAUUAUAAUCUCAAGGAACAUUUUACUCCUCUUAACUGGGUUCCUUAGUGCCUUAGGAAGUCGAGAAAGAAGACUGCGAAUGUCUUUGGAAAUUAGUUCAGAAGCAAUAAUAAAAGGUGAUGUUGGACUUUUAAUUUGUGCUUCAGUAUUAGCUACCUCUCAAUUUGAAUUUAUACAGUAUCAUAUAUUUUAUGCCUUGUUAAUUUCUGUAGGAGGUUCUUUAGCGAAUUCUUUAAUAUUUUUUCCGUUAUUGCUUGCCUUAGUUGGGCCUAAGUCAGAAUUACAACCUGUUGAACAUAUAGACAGAAUUUCAACUCCUCCACCUCCUAUUCCUCCCCCAACUCCUAUAAGAACUCCUACAUAUUCCAAACCUCCACGAAGAACCACAACCACUAAAGCAACUCGAGAGCCUAGUUUGACCACAAUAACUGAGGAGAGUUGCAAUCAAAGCAUUGUCGUCGAACCUCAAGUUACUGUGGAAUACAGCAGCCCAGAGUCAAGUUCUAGCGGUCCCUUCACUACCAAAGUAAUGGCCACUGCCAAUAUCAAAGUAGAAUUAGUUGCCAAUGUACAUAGAUCAAAAUGCAGUAAAUGUCACCGUUCAAGGUGUAGCAGAAGACGACAGCAAUGUCGAUGUUGUAAAAAUGAUUCUGAUAGCAGCGACAGUAGUGCUGAUCCAGACCAUUGUCCAAGCAGCUAACAUUUCGUUACCAUUUAAGAAUUUGUGUAAAUUAUGUUUAUAUUGCAUAUAUGUGUACCAUUUAUUUAUUUAAAACCAGUGUAAGAUAGAAUAAGUUAAUUGUGUAAUAACAAUGGUAUUAUUUAUUAAUGUAAGUAAAAUGUGUU